CACUCCAGGUCGCGAUCCCGUCUUUCUCUCACAACGCCGGCAAUGACCUCAUGGCCUGGAACUUCAGCUGAUCUAACUGCAGAAUCGAGGGAUAGAAUAUGACAUGGUAGCUCCACAGCCAUGUCGCUCCUCCAGAACGAAGACUUCGUGCUAUAUCAGUUGCGCAUAGCAUACCUGUCCGCUAUCAAGGAUGGCGUCGGCGAGCGCUUGAUCAAUGUGAACUCCUCCGUCCUGAACAAUCCCGCGUUCCGCGCUGCCGGCUGGGUGCCCAAUGCCGCCGACAUCAAGCGCACCUACUCCCCGCCGAUCCCCACAGCCAUAACCUCCGAAUACUUCCAAGCGCCGCGCUCGGCUGGACUGAAGGCGCCUGAGGGCUUCGGCGAGGAUGAAGAGGAAGGCGGCAUGGUGACGGGAGGGGGCGGGAGCAACGAUACCGUGGGUCCAACCCUGAAUGCGAAGCGGCGGCGGCGAAGGGAACAGCUCGAAGAAGACGACAGCAGCGACCUGAGUGAUGAGAGUGAUUACGAAGAGGAAACACAUAGGCCUGCGAACCAGAUCAAAUUCACCAAGAUGCCUCUCCGAAUGCGCGCUGGCUCGUCCCCCAUUCGCGGAUCAACCCUCAGGAGUGGGCUCUCGGAAGCCAAUGAGGGACCGGCAGUUAUGGUCACAUCUCCAUCUAGACCCCCGGACAGCCGUCUACGUCGAGGCUCGUUAGGUGCUGUAGAGACCAUCAAAGAACGCGCUAGGAGAGACACAAUAACCAGCAGUGAAAUGUCAUCCGAGAACGAAAUGGACUCUCUCUCCUUCCAGAAGAGGAAGGUCAAUCCUCAAAAAGCAGCAAAAGCCAGCCAUCUACUCUCGCAAAGAAUUCAAGAAGACGAGAGAGCGCCCCUAGAAGCCCUCGACGAGGGAAAUGAAUCGGACAGCUCUCUCUCGUCUGAAUUCUCAGGGACUGCUGACAGUGGCUCACUCAUAGGAGAUGGAGACGAUCCUCUAGAUUCGUCUCCACCAACCGAACUGCCGAAUAUGCCUACCUUAACCCCGUUCAACAACACAUCGCCCAGGAAACAAAAACAACAACCAACGCCCACAUUACAAGCUCUGCCUCCUCCAAGGCCCAUCAGCUUUGUACCGCCGGUCAGCGCGUUGACGCAGGCUCUACAAGCUAAAGAACAGAAACCAUCGAAUCCCGUCCAGCGGUUCGCCACCUGGUCCGCCGCAAGCGAUGCCCAAGUGAAUCCGAUCUAUAUCAGAAUAUACUGUCCCUUCUCAUCAAAGCCGUCGAAGCCCAUCGAGCUGCUUAUCAGGAGAUUUGACGACAAAGGUGCAGCAGUAACCGUAGCUGAGACCAUUGGUUAUGCAUUGUUGCGGUAUCAGGAGGAUAAACUGGAGCCUCCUCUACCCUCUGAGAAGUUGAACGUCAAUGGUUGGGUCCUGCGCAUGUACGACGAUGGCGAGAUAGACGAUGAGUUCCCUGCAUUAACCCGAAACCGACCCUUGAUGGACUUCGCAUCGAACAACAGUCGCGGCAUGCGUCCACGCGCACGGGAAAAGCCAUGGGACGAGUUCGGCCUGGUCGAAGCAACAGAGCGCGAAUUCACCGAGAACGAGAAGGUUACACCCAUAUACAGCCGUGAAGCCGCUGCAGCCCUGGCCUCUCAGAAGUCGGCAUCGGAAGGGGCGCCAGAGAAGAAGCCUCCCCCAAAGCCUAUACCUAACCGAGCAAAGAGCUUCCGAAAUCCCAUCACAGGCCCAUCCUUCGCCCCGACUGCUACUCGCAAAGACACAUCAAAUCUUGCAGAUGCACCUGCAAUCUCGAACGCUCAGUCUGCCAGCCGCACCGGUGCACCCAGGACACUUAACGUGCACUUUACGGACGAAAAUUUCAAUACGAGACAUAUAGCCGUGCCAUGUACGACGGACACCUACAUCGCAGAGAUCUUCGACAAAGUAUGUCGCGAUCUUCAUCUCGAUAAAGGUCUUUAUGUCCUCAAGGUGUCCGCUAGCACCACCGUCGCACCACCAGACCGUACAGUCGAGGCAUUGGGCACACGCAUGGAUCUCGACCUGGUGCGCCGCCGUUUCGUGGGCGACGGCGUCUUCGGUCUGGCUGGCUCGCCCGGCUCUUCAUCUCCAAAUGCGCCCCUUAUUAUUGGUACAGGUGGUGCGCCGAAGAAGACAAAGAAAGGGGAUCGCACUGCCGCUGCGGUUUCUGGCCAUGGCCUCAUUCAUCCCUUAGCCAGACCCUCCGAUUCGGGCCUCACUCUUACCCAAACUUCGUACUACCGGCGCUUCCCUGUCCUUCGCAAACAACCUAUGUCCUUCGCUUCUUCAACCUCACGCAUCAUUGCCCUGGACAACGAAUACAUGCACAUCAUGCCGGGCGACACAGGCAACACGAAGCAGCUCUUCGAUGCGCCGUCCAAAACUACGACCGUGCACUUUAGCAGCGUGGUGGGGAGUAAAGUAAGCAAGAAGCAUCCGCGGAUGUUCAGGGUCAUUGUGUUCAAGGAGAAGGAGACGAAGAGGUACGAUUUCGAGGCGCAGAGCCAUGAGGAUGCGGUGAGUAUUGUUAAGGAGAUUAAGAAGGGCGUGGAUCGGUUCCACGAGGGUAUUGUUUAGGGAUUCUAGCUCGGGCUUGCAUAUGGGAAUUGUGGGUUCGGGCGUUGUGGAUGGUUUGUUUUCUUCGGUUGGUUGGGAAAUGCGGGCCUCUGGGCUUUGGCUCGCUUCUAUUUUUUUAUAUUUUUAUUUUGCUGUAGCAUAUCAUUUGUUCGAGUCUAUCUAUCUGUCCUGCGGUUCGUGGUUUUUCAAGCAAUAGUCUUCUAGUGUUGUGAUAUUCAUCGUCGCGAUUUUUCGUUAGUGCUGACCAC